AUGGGGGACAAUGAUUGUAACUUCGUAAAAGAGGAUGACAUCACUAACUCAAGUAUAAUUGUCCUGGUAAUCUUAGUAUGUGAGGCUUUUGUCGGGAUGUGGAUAAAUUCUUUCAUUAUGGCUGUGAAUUGUGUUGAAUGUGUCAAGCAGAGGUGCCUGUCUUCAACUGAUAAUAUCUUGGCUGUCCUGGCAUUCUCAAGAUUUUGCUUCUUGCUCAAAACAACUUUACAGACUUUUUGCUCAACAUUUUACCCAGAGAUCUAUUACCUGCACUCCGUGUUCCAAGCAUUCAGAGCGGUCACCUGGUUUUUGAACUCUUCCAAUCAAUGGUUCGCUGCCUGCUUGUGUGUAUUUUACUGUGUGAAAAUUGCAAACUUCAGCCACCCCCUCUUCAUCUGGCUAAAAUUUAAAAUCUCCAGGCUGAUGCCAUGGUUGCUCCUGGGAUCUGUGCUUUUCUCCUUGUUCAGCAGCCUCCCUUUCCUUAAUGCUAUUUACAAAAUAGAGUGUAAUGAUUUCAAUUCCAGCCUCAAAAGACAUUACAAUGCGAAAAAUGUCACAGUGGAAACAUCUGUGUCUCAAGUACUUUCUAUCUGUGGCACUGGAUUUUCCAUGGCGUUCACCAUAUUUAUCAUUUCAGCCUCUCUGUUGUUGUUCUCUCUCUGGAGACACACACAACAGAUGCAAAACAACUCAAGUAGUUUCAGGAGCCCCUGCAUGGAGGCCCACAUUCAAGCAAUGAAAACUAUCGUGUCUUUCUUCCUCAUCAAUAUUGUUAACUUUAUAGCUUUGCUGACCUUGUUGACGAAUAUAUAUCAAGAAACAUCUCCUGCCAGCAUUGCCUGUACAAUCAUUGUAGAUGCUUGUCCAUCAGUACAUUCCAUUAUCUUGAUUCUGAGCAAUCCCAAACUGAAAAAAACAUUGAUUAAAGUUCUGCAUUAUGCAAAGUGCAAGAGAUGA